CGUCGUCAGCCUGUUGCGUUCGGAGACAGACAACAAGCCAGCAGAACAGCUCAGCCCAAGUUGCUUCAACUCAGCGUCUUGGUCUAUAAUCAGUCACAAAACCCUAAAUUCAAAGUGCUUUUGAGAAUAUCUUUUAUGAGAAUCGAGAACACAUUCAGUGCGUAAUCAUUUACUCUUAGCGCCAGAAAUAAAAUAUUCCAAUAUUCAGAUUUUUCGAUCUAAUUUCGUUUGAUUGCCGUCGUCGCGCGUGAACUCUUAAAAAAUUUGGCCAAUUUAACGGGCCAAAAAAACCGAAAUCUUGAAAACCAUAAAUAUUUCCCCAGUGUAAAGAUCAAAAGGAAUUUUCUCGGUAAUUACCUAUUGAUAACGUGAUACGGUUUUAUGUGCGAAAUUGUUUCAAAAGUCUAAGUAAACAAACGUGACUUAAGUACGAGCAUUUAUUUGCAUUUGCUUCCAUUUCACGCCAAAUUAGACGUCAGAUUUAUAUUUUGUGGAUUUGUUGAUUUCUGAAAGAAUUAACUGAAUGAUGAAAGCCACAGCGUGGUUUUGCCCGGUGUUAUUGACUUUACUCAGUGCCACGAGGCUCGUUUGUACGGCACAAAGGGGCGCUGCCAUCGGAGCAGGCGGAGGCUCACUUGCUGGGGCAGAAGCUGCCGGCGCAGGCUAUGGCAACGGAUAUCCUCUGGACUAUCUGGAUGCACAGUCCAUACAGGAUGAGUUCUCUUUGGUGAAGCGGAACAAGCCGUCAUUGUCCAUUGUCAAUCCGUUGGAUGUGCUGCGCCAGCGGCUGCUGCUCGAAAUGGCGCGCAGGCAGAUGCAGCAGAACAGCAGACAGGUCGAAUUGAAUCGCGCCAUACUGAAGAACGUGGGUAAACGUGUGUUCCUCGAGCCAACGACAUGGGUCACCAGACGCUACCAGCAACAGCAACAACAACAGCAGCAGCAACAACUGGAGGAAGAACGGCAACGGGAGCAGUUGCGUCGAGAGCAGCUGCUGCAGCAGCAUUUCCCCAGUCAACUGUGGAACAUUGGCUGGUCGCAGUCCAACGGACCGGCGUCGUCUUCAUCAGCAUCGUCACGGUUUUUCGAUUUUCUGCAACGGCCAGAAGCCCAAGUAAAACAGCAGCAGCCAGCGGCAGCAGCACCACAGCAGCUGCUUGACGAUGUCAACAAAUCCCUUAACGCUGGCGCCCUUGGGCUCGGCAACGGCAAGGGUAAUGGAGAGGAGGGCGUGGCCAAACAUCAGCAGCCAGACGGAAAUGAAAUUGCAAAUGAAACAAAUCAUGAAAACGGCAGUCGCAAGGCAUUGCCGCUCGGCAAAAGCGCAACAGGCGAUGUGGACAAUGGGGAUGCCGAGGAUGUCGAGCAGGAGCAGGACGAUAUGUUGGAUGAGCUUAAGUUCAACUGGGUCAGCGAGCAGCCCGAAGAUCUGGACAUCCCCAUUGAGGCAAGCAAUGCAAAUGGUCGACUACCGUGGCGUCUAAUCUAUCGCAUGCACAAAAAUCCACACUACGCUAAUUAAGAAACAACAGCAGCAGAUGUCGGAGUAAAAGCGAAUUCAGAUGCAGAUACUGAUACAGAUACAAAAACAGAAACAGAAACAGAUACAGAUACGCACAGAUACAAAUACAGAUACACUUAGGUACACAGACAUCCGGACACACAGACAGAUACAGUUAAAUAGUUGCUAAACUGACGGUUCCUAAUGGCUGGCUAUAAGGCAGGCAUAUAUCGUGUGUGUGUGUGCACAGAGACCCCUCCGAUGACAACCGUUUCCCCUCUCAGUCCCCUUUUUCGAUGUACCAUUUAAAUUGAAACUUGAAUUUGAAUUGAAUUUGUAUUCGUAUUGUAUUCUAACUACUUAGCUAACUAAUGGUUUAUGUAACGAUUCAUGCUACCUCUUGUCAGAUGCUCUUGAAAAAAUAUUCAACACGAAACGAACGUUCCCUCAACGCUCCCUUUGGGGCAUGCCCCUCGGUACUACGUAAUUACGAGUCUACUCGAAAUUGUAUUUAUUAACUAGCAAAACAAAACCAAAAAAGUUGAAAAUAAUUACAAAAAAAGAAAAUACAAAAAAAAAAUAUAUAUAUGUGUAUAUGAAUUUGUUUAAUAGCCUAAAUGAUGUUGAUCGAUAAAAGAUAAAAAAAAAAACCAAAGUAAACAAACUAACGAACAUAUAUGAAUGUAGUUUUUAAAUAAAUAUUAAAGUGCAAUACGUAUACGUAUGUAUACUUUAUAUACUAUAUGUAUUCGUAUGAAUGUGCUUUCACUUGUAAUUAAAUGCUUCCGCUUUUUUAAAUAUAAAUUAUUUAAAUUCUAAUUUAUUUCCCACAUCAACAAUUAUAGUUUUCUGUUCAGCUUAUCGAACCAACUCUCUAAAUUUAAUUUGGACUAACACAGACAAAGAACAAUCCGCGGGCGGAAUUCAUAUAUUUUAAACUAACUAACGAAUUAAUCAAUAGUCAAAGUGAUGUAUUUUUAAUUGUAUUUUUUUGCGUUCAAAAAUGAUGUAUUUAUAUUUCUGAUGCUCAAUAUGAAUAAAAAUAAUUUCUACAAAUUUACAAUCAAUUUUAUUUGCAUUACAAAGUCACUCCGAGAGUCCAUUUUGAGUUAACGAUAAUUGGCUUAUUCUUUUCUGUGGAUCUCCUUUUAAAGUUCUAAGAAAGUAAGAAAAAUGUUAAAGACACACAAAUGGUUACAAAUCAUAUAAAUACGACAAAACGAUUUUAACGUAGAUGAGCUAUUUAACUAACAUUACUUACAAACUAUUUAUGCAUGUGCGGAAUCUAACUCUAUAAAUAUAUAUGGCAUAAUUAAAUAUACAAUCGAGUGGAUCGAGUGGAUUAUUUACACACAGACGACACAGCAAACACACAUGUACAUUUAUACUUAAAGUUGAGAUUAAUAUAAAGAAUAUGUAAAUACAAGAUUUUCUCAUAAAUAAAACUGAAAUUGAACAUGAAAAUAACACGAUAACAACACUUGAUUGAUUAAUGAUUGGAAUUCGAAAUUAUCUCUAUUACAUGGAUUAUUCUCACAUU